UCUAUAGAAGUUGUAGACGCUCUGUGUUUGACCCUCCUCGGCCGCCGUAGAUGCUCAAUACAAGUUUGUGUAUCCUAUUUGUGAACACUCGCUAAAGAAAUGGCUGAAUAUUCACGUGUGAAAUCAACUAAGCUAGUUUUGAAGGGUCAAAACAAAGGGAAAAAGAAGAAGCACAAAGAUAAAAAUGGAAAAGCAGGAGAUGAACAUAAACUUGACAUUGUGGGUGGUUGGUGGUCAGUCAGUGGCUUUGGGGAAAUUACUGGUACAGUUGCCAUAGAGAUGCAGAACAACUCGUACAUCAGUGCCCUGGAUACUGGGCUCUUCACACUCGGUGCACCACACAAAGCUGAUGAAGGACCAGACCCUCCAGAACAGUUUACUGCCGUAAAGCUCUCAGAUUCUCGCAUAGCCUUAAAGUCUGGAUAUGGAAAGUACCUGGGUAUAAACUCUGAGGGUUUGGUGGUGGGGCGCUCUGAUGCCAUUGGAGCCAGGGAACAGUGGGAACCAGUUUUCCAGAAUGGCAAAAUGGCUCUCCUGGCAGCAAAUAGCUGUUUCAUCUCCUACAGUGACAGUGGGGACAUCGUGGCCAACAUCAAGAAAGCAGGGGAUGGUGAGAUGGUGAAGAUCAGAUCAAAUGCAGAACGAGAGGUCAAGAGUAAAGAUGACAUUGCAGAAGAGGACAGGGGCAACGUGAAGUCCUGUGAGCUCAGUUAUGUGAAAAAGUUUCAGAGUUUUCAAGAUCGGCGGCUCAGGAUUAAUGAGGGCGACCCCAACUCGCUAAAGAAAGCCAGAAUGGAUGGGAAGUUUCACGAAGAACUGCUUGACAGGAGAAGCAAAAUGAAAGCAGACAGGUACUGCAAGUAACGACUCAACUCUGCAGGCGACUGCCACGUCUUUGUAAAUGUCUUGAUUUUUAAAGAAACACCUUUCUUUUUAAUCUGAUGUUUUAUGUUGUUUAUGUUUCGUAUUUUUGAAUAAACAUAACAUGAUCAAACUAGUA